AUGAAAUCAUCCUUCAAAUCAAUAACUACUUACCGCUUAUUAAACAAUCAAUUUAGAUUAGUAACAAAUAAUAUUUGCUGCAUCCCUUCUUCUGCAAGGACAGAUUGCAAAAUUAAUCUGUCAUUUUCAAAUUCAGAUUAUAUUAAUAGGAGGUUCUAUGUCACAGAAUCAUCUUUAACUCCAAUAAAAAAUUAUAUCCCAUCUGCUGAUACUGCAUUCGCCGUUAAUCCAGAUUCAACAACAACAUCUUCUUCUGCAUCAUUACCAACGACAACUACAUCUCCUAAAUCAAUUACAACUGCCGCUACCAUUGCCGCCAAUGCUGUCAUUACAGCUUCCACUAAUGAAAUACCUCUGGCAGAUAAUACAACUAAUGAUGAUAGCAAGAGCACAUUUCUCAUCAAUCCAGAAGAUAUGACAUCGUCUUAUUACGAACAAUCACCACCAGACUCAACACAUUAUUUGAAGACAUUAUCAUUCCAUGAACUAUUCUCCUUAGGAUGUAUUGGGAUCGCAACAAUAAAUAAACAAUUCUUAAACCUAAUUAUUAAAUUGUUCCCAUAUAUCCCAAUCCCUCUAAUCAAGAUUUUUGUUUCCAAAUUAUAUUGUGGUGGUAUUACACCCACAGAAGUAUUAAAAUGUGGUCAAAAUCUACAAUUAAGAGGUAUUACAAACAUGAUGCUAUCUUUAACCAUUGAAAACUCAGAAGGUGGGAAACAAAACAUUGAUAUCAACCACAUUAUCCAAGAAACAAUAAACUCUAUCCAUACUGUAUUGAAACCGAACCUUUUGAACCAAAUUGAGAAAGUGGAUGACAUUAACGAUAUAGCUCCAGGUUACAUCGCCUUGAAACCAUCAGCAUUGGUGGAUAACCCAAGGGAAGUCCUACUAAACUUCCAAAACGAAACAGACCCUAUUUGGGUGGAAAAGAGGACACAACUUAUUGAAAAUUGUUCCAAGAUUAAUGAAAUAAUCUUCCAAUUAAACAAUGACUUAUUUAAAUUAUACCCUGAAAGAAAGGCACCCUUCUUUGUUUGUACCAUUGAUGCUGAGAAAUUCGAUCUUCAAAUAAAUGGUGUCUAUGCAUUACAAAGAAUAUUGAUGCAAAAAUUUAAUCCAGUGUCUUCUCCCUUAGUUUCAUGCAUAGGUACGUGGCAAUUAUAUUUACGUGAUUCCAAACAACAUUUGAAUGAAGAAAUUAAGCUAGCUAAGGAAAACGGUUAUAAAUUGGGGUUGAAAUUGGUAAGAGGCGCAUACAUGCAUUCUGAAUUGAAUAGAGACUCUAUAAUACAUUCCAAUAAAUUCGAUACUGAUAUGAAUUACGAUCAAAUUGUCAUGGACAUUAUCAAAGACCUCUCUAAGAAUGGUGAUCAAUCCAUCUACGGUCAUUUGGUAGUGGCAUCACACAAUUACAAGUCACAAUUAAUUGCCACGAAAUUACUUAAGGAAUCAAAAUCAUUGUAUGCCAAUUCUAACGUCGUGUUAGGUCAAUUAUUGGGUAUGGCGGAUAACGUUACUCACGACUUGGUCUACAAUCAUGGUGCUAAGAAUAUUAUCAAAUAUGUUCCCUGGGGACCACCAUUGGAAACAAAGGAUUAUCUAUUGAGAAGAUUGCAAGAAAAUGGUGAUGCUGUGAGAGCUGAUAACGGAUGGCCUCUUUGUAAAGCUGUCUUUAAGACUUUGUUCCUCCUGUAA